AUGUCGUCGUAUCUCCCCAAUCUAGUGCUGAUUCAAUACGUGUUAUGUCUUUUGAUCGCCAAUGUUGGCCUUCUGAUGCUGGCUCGAGUACUAUGGGCAGUGUUCGUACGGAAGUCAGAAACCCGACUGAAUCUGCACCUAACUUUACAUUGUGCUGGCUGGAUGCUGUUCAUGGUAUCUUCUCUACCACUGGUCAUGUACACGUUGUCGUUUUGGAAAGGGCGUGCUACAUUGUACCACAGUAAUUGGAUGUUUUGGACAGGGGUGUUCAACAUGUGCACGUCAAGUGUUAUAUCAGUUAUGCUGUUCUUUGUAUUGUUGGAUCGAUGUUUACAAGCCGGCUUUCCCGAGUCCUACAAUUACAAGUACAAGAAUGGUGGGCUUACUGUGUGUAUCAUAUGUACGAUUGUUGCUUGGUGCAUUGUGUUCUUCAUCAUGUUGUCGGAAGGACCGUUUCCCAAAAUGACGCGUAAGUAGAGAUAAUACUGUGUGAUUAGGCCACUUUAAGAAAAUUAGAUUAUAAAGCAUAUAUAGUUAGUGGCAUGCCAUACGCAAAACAAUAUCUUGCCUAAACCAUUAUACUACUUGUUACAAUGUAUUACUUAAACAAUUACAUUACCUAUUACAAUAUGUUACCAGACCAACGCGGGCCCUACGGGCCCGCUAUGGUCUGUGCAUUUUUGUUGUAUUUCAUUUUUAUACAAUAUUUAUGAAUUUUUAUAAAGUAAAUUAUGUUAUAAUAAAAUAAAACGUUAGAAUUUGUUGAAAAAAGCACCGGCCUGCGGCCGUCGCGCGUCCUUUAAAUUCCAACUUUAAAAUCGACUUUAUUUUGAAUCAAUCUAAUAAUCUGCUAUUUCAAUGCAGUAUGAAAUCUGAAAUUAUUUUGGGUAUGAUACACUUUGAUUUAUUUUGUUUUUUAAAUUGUUACCUUUAGCACCCGUUUGUAAAAAAAAUUAUAAACCCGGUAAUUUUUUGAAUUUACCUUACCCUUAUCAAUAUCUGUAUUCAUACCCGUACCCAUAUUUAUCUAAAUUUUUAUAUAUACUAAAAAAAAGACAAACUUACUGUAAUGUCAGUUUUACUGUUUAGAUUGCCUAUCAUUCGGCUGUAUGUUAACGAACGAAGGUGGACGAGCCCAGUUUCUAGUCCGGAUUAUCUUCGGAUUUAUGAACUUGGCGUGCUUACUCGCCUUUAUGCUAUUGGUGGUACGCAGCGACCAAAAAAGGGGACAGCAGUAUGCUGGUGCCGAAAUCGUAUGUACUUAUUAGGGUCGCAAGUUGCAAGUUAAAAAUACAAAAACGUGUUCUCAAAACAGUGUUAAAAGUUACUGAGUAAUAUAUAUAACACCGUCAUAUCAAGUGUUAAGCUGUAAACAUUUUAGACAAACGUGUUGACCCGAAACCUGGUAAUUGCGGACCUUUGCACCAACUUUAUCUUAUCGGUAAUAACCUUCUCAGUUGACCAAUGGACUACAAUUGAACUCUCAGACUAUCUGGGAGCGUUUGUAAUGUCAAUAUCCAGCGCUGACGGCCUUAUCACCGCAAUUGUUUACACCAGAACUCUAUCAAUGUAAGUUUUACCCUUAUACAUAAUAGGUUGAACCAAAAGUAACGGAACACUUUGUAAUUGAAAAAUAAACGAAUAGUGUCCCGCUACUUUUGGUUCAACCUAAUACUAAAGGGGUUUUACUGUAAUAACAACAAAGUAUAAAACCGUUAUCGCUCAUUAAAAAAAGCACAAGGCACUAACAUCUCAUAUACAAGUCUAAAUAAACAUUAUUUCAGGACUGGCGGUCUAAGAGACAAAAUCAAAUCGGUGGUUAACAGUACUCGUGAUGAACUGUUCUAA